GUGGAGCUGGUUUACCCAUCCAGAUUCGACCUGAAGUCUGUGUUCCUAAAGGAACUCACUGUGCCACUUGGUGGCACCAAAAAGUUGCGCUGAGAACUCUGUUCUCUAUAAAUACAAACUACCACCCCUCCCUCCUCCGCGCUCUCCCCUUCCCCCCUUUCUCAGUAGCAGGGAGAUUGCUGCACACGCCGCCCUCAGCUCUGCUGUUCUUCACGCACUGAGCGCAGGAGAUGAGCUUAAGAUCAUCUUUGAGGGGAGCCCGGGACUGGAGAGGCCGGCUCUGCCCCACUGACCGGCGCGGCCCAACUUUAUGGGGGGCUAGCUAGACUGCGUCUCACUGCCCGGUGCACGGCCAACAGGGUGGAUCUUUGGUUGGGACUUGAAAAUACUGCUUCCUGAACUCAUCAGGUUAGUUCACAUCCCACAAAGCCUUCUCCAAGGAAAUCUUUUCAGCACUCCGGACAGAUCCUACAAGGUUUUGAAGAUCAUGAUCACAUGGAUGCAUCUAACUACAUGGUACCUGGGGACAUGGUGGUCCUUUAGAGAGCACAUCUAAAUUGCUGGCUAAGGCUUUGGUUUGCCACUCAACAUAGGACAUCUCUUGAUCCUGUCUGUCAGAACUCUCCUAAAGUCUCCCCACCAUGCUGUCUUUAUUAGCUUGAACUCCUUUCCUAAAAUGGUCCUUCUGUUGAUCCUGUCAGUCCUGCUUUUGAAAGAAGAUGUCCGUGGGAGUGCACAGUCCAGUGAGAGGAGGGUGGUGGCUCACAUGCCAGGUGACAUCAUUAUUGGAGCUCUCUUUUCUGUCCACCACCAACCCACUGUGGACAAAGUUCAUGAGCGGAAGUGUGGGGCGGUUCGUGAACAGUAUGGCAUUCAGAGAGUGGAGGCCAUGCUGCACACCCUGGAAAGGAUCAACUCAGACCCCACGCUCCUGCCCAACAUCACCCUGGGCUGUGAGAUACGGGAUUCCUGCUGGCAUUCGGCUGUGGCCCUAGAGCAGAGCAUUGAGUUUAUAAGGGACUCGCUUAUUUCUUCAGAAGAAGAAGAAGGUCUGGUGCGCUGUGUGGAUGGCUCCUCCUCUUCCUUCCGCUCCAAGAAGCCCAUAGUGGGAGUCAUUGGGCCCGGCUCCAGCUCUGUGGCCAUUCAGGUCCAGAACUUGCUCCAGCUUUUCAACAUACCUCAAAUUGCUUACUCGGCAACAAGCAUGGAUCUGAGCGACAAAACUCUGUUCAAGUACUUCAUGAGGGUUGUGCCUUCAGAUGCCCAGCAGGCACGGGCCAUGGUGGACAUAGUGAAGAGAUACAACUGGACCUAUGUGUCAGCUGUGCACACGGAGGGCAACUACGGAGAGAGUGGGAUGGAAGCUUUCAAAGAUAUGUCAGCCAAGGAAGGGAUUUGCAUCGCUCACUCUUACAAAAUCUACAGCAACGCGGGGGAGCAGAGCUUCGAUAAACUGCUGAAGAAGCUCCGGAGUCACCUGCCCAAGGCCCGGGUGGUGGCUUGCUUCUGUGAGGGCAUGACGGUGCGAGGUCUGCUGAUGGCCAUGAGGCGCCUGGGUCUAGCAGGAGAAUUUCUGCUUCUGGGCAGUGAUGGCUGGGCUGACAGGUAUGAUGUGACAGAUGGCUAUCAGCGAGAAGCUGUUGGUGGAAUCACAAUCAAGCUCCAAUCUCCCGACGUCAAGUGGUUUGAUGAUUAUUAUCUGAAGCUCCGGCCAGAAACAAACCUCCGAAACCCUUGGUUUCAAGAAUUUUGGCAGCAUCGUUUUCAGUGCCGGCUGGAAGGGUUUGCUCAGGAGAACAGCAAAUACAACAAGACUUGCAACAGUUCUCUGACUCUGAGAACACAUCAUGUUCAAGACUCGAAAAUGGGAUUUGUGAUCAAUGCGAUCUAUUCCAUGGCCUACGGGCUCCACAACAUGCAGAUGUCCCUCUGCCCGGGCUACGCGGGCCUCUGUGAUGCGAUGAAGCCAAUCGAUGGACGGAAGCUUUUGGACUCCCUGAUGAAAACCAAUUUUACUGGGGUUUCCGGAGACAUGAUCCUAUUUGAUGAGAACGGAGAUUCUCCAGGAAGGUACGAAAUAAUGAAUUUCAAGGAAAUGGGAAAAGAUUAUUUUGAUUACAUCAAUGUUGGAAGCUGGGACAAUGGAGAAUUAAAAAUGGAUGAUGAUGAAGUGUGGUCCAAGAAAAGCCACAUCAUCAGAUCCGUGUGCAGUGAACCCUGUGAGAAAGGCCAGAUAAAGGUGAUCCGGAAGGGAGAAGUCAGCUGUUGCUGGACCUGCACACCUUGUAAAGAGAACGAGUAUGUGUUCGAUGAGUACACCUGCAAGGCAUGCCAGCUGGGGUCCUGGCCCACUGAUGACCUCACAGGUUGUGAUUUGAUCCCAGUGCAGUAUCUCCGCUGGGGUGACCCUGAGCCCAUUGCAGCUGUGGUGUUCGCCUGCCUUGGUCUGCUGGCCACCCUGUUUGUUACCGCGGUCUUCAUCAUCUACCGUGAUACCCCAGUAGUCAAGUCCUCCAGCAGGGAGCUCUGCUACAUCAUCCUUGCUGGCAUCUGCCUGGGCUACUUGUGCACCUUCUGCCUCAUUGCAAAGCCCAAGCAGAUUUACUGCUACCUUCAGAGAAUAGGCAUCGGUCUCUCCCCAGCCAUGAGCUACUCAGCCCUUGUGACCAAGACCAAUCGCAUCGCGAGGAUCCUGGCGGGCAGCAAGAAGAAGAUCUGCACCAAAAAGCCCAGAUUCAUGAGUGCCUGUGCCCAGCUCGUGAUUGCCUUCAUUCUCAUCUGCAUCCAGCUGGGCAUCAUCGUCGCCCUCUUUAUAAUGGAGCCUCCCGAUGUAACGCACGACUACCCAAACAUUCGGGAAGUCCACCUGAUCUGUAACACCACCAACCUUGGGGUUGUCACUCCUCUCGGAUACAAUGGAUUGCUGAUCUUGAGCUGUACCUUCUAUGCUUUCAAGACCAGAAACGUUCCGGCUAACUUCAACGAGGCCAAGUACAUCGCCUUCACGAUGUACACCACCUGCAUUAUAUGGCUGGCCUUUGUGCCCAUCUACUUUGGCAGCAACUACAAGAUCAUCACCAUGUGCUUCUCAGUCAGCCUCAGUGCCACAGUGGCACUCGGCUGCAUGUUUGUGCCGAAGGUGUACAUCAUCCUGGCCAAACCCGAGAGGAACGUGCGCAGCGCCUUCACCACGUCCACCGUGGUGCGCAUGCACGUGGGGGACGGCAAGUCUUCCUCGGCGGCCAGCAGAUCCAGCAGCCUCAUCAACCUGUGGAAGAGGAGGGGCUCCUCUGGGGAAACCCUAAGGUACAAAGACAGGAGACUGGCCCAGCACAAGUCGGAAAUAGAGUGUUUCACCCCCAAAGGGAGUAUGGGGAAUGGUGGGAGAGCGACAAUGAGCAGCUCCAACGGAAAAUCGGUCACGUGGGCGCAGAACGAGAAGAGCAGCCGGGGGCAGCACCUGUGGCAGCGGCUGUCCAUCCACAUCAACAAGAAAGAGAACCCCAACCAAACGGCCUCCCCGGCGGCCGGGCCCGAGGCUGCGGCGGCGGGCAAGCCGGACCUGGAGGAGCUGGUGGCGCUCACCCCGCCGUCCCCCUUCAGGGACUCGGUGGACUCGGGGAGCACAACCCCUAACUCGCCAGUGUCCGAGUCGGCCCUCUGUAUCCCGUCGUCUCCCAAAUAUGACACACUGAUCAUAAGAGACUACACUCAGAGCUCCUCGUCCUUGUGAACGUCAUCGGGAACCACGCCGGGUUCCGGAACCGAGCCGAGACCUCCGGGGUUCACGCAGACACAGGGACGAGCCUAGCCGCCUGGUUAAGACCCGAGGUGGAAGACGCCAAGUACACCUGUCAUGGAAGCAAGAGAUUAAUAGUGCUAUUUCACACCAACCGACGAAGACACCAACUACAAAUCUUUCGGCAGAUUUUCUUCUAGUGGCCUUAGAAAACAUGGGCUUUUAAGCAACACUGCUUCUAUUUCUGAGGGCUGACAAGGAGUCUUUGGAAACAGUUA